AAAAAUACAUUCGCUCUCGUAAUCGAUUAAGAAUUUUCCAUAAAUUUGUGCGUUCUGUUCAGAGAAGUAUUGCAAGCAUCAAUAUUCCUCCUACGAUAAGUUCGGAGAUACCGCAGCCGGUGAAGAUCAGCGGCUUCAAACCAUCCAAUCCGAAUUACAAGGUGAACUCGAGCUCCAUUGAAAUCAUCGACCGUCGGACGUUGCGCAUCUUCAACUUUGCCUGUGAGCCGUGCCCUCCGGGAACAUAUUUCAUGAUCGGGGGAAGUCUACUGCCGAACCCGUCUGGUCAGAUCAUUCCAAUGCAACACGACGAUGGAAAAUUUGAGUGUCACGAGUUGAGCUCGUUUUACCGGAGAGAAACGAUCGUCGUCAAGUUGCCCGGCGUCUGGGAGACGUCCGACAUCAUGUGGCUGUCGGUAUUCAAUCUGCCCAAGAAACAAAGCCUCAGCAGCAUAUUCCUGCUCAAGUCGUUGGUAGUGCCGCCGUACCUGUCGGACGUCAUCGUAAGUGUUUUAAUUCCAUUAUAA